CAGUGUCAUUUUGAAGUCUAAGAUCCAUGUGGCUACUUCACCGGCACGUUUAUCUCCACUAGAGGGGAAACUGUGGGGGGAGAUACAUAACGGGGGAUGGAAAACAACAACACCAUCAUCACCAGAAAAAUAGAAUAAUAACAGCGCUACAUGUGCAGAACAUUUAGUACCCAGGACAUGCGAUGAGAGGGCGGACUUGAAUUAGGUGGAACAGACGCGGUCAAAAAACCAAGAGACUGGAAAUCCAGCCGGUCACCGGCCGCUUCUGGGAAGACAUUAAGAGUGAGGAGCGCAAAAUAAACAUUGUGAAGCGUCAGGGGGUAGAUGGAGAACAGCCAAUGUUACGGGACAGAGUGACUGUCCACUACACUGGGAGGCUGCUGAAUGGGAAGAAGUUUGACUGCAGUCGGGAUCGUAAACAACCUUUUACCUUCAGUGUUGGAAAGGGGCAGGUCCUUAAGGCCUGGGAUAUUGGUGUGUUGUCCAUGCAGAGAGGUGAGGUAUCCAUGUUCCUGUGCAAACCGGAGUAUGCUUAUGGAUCCAACGGCAAUCCCAAUAAAAUUCCUCCCGAGUCUUCAGUCGUGUUUGAGAUGGAGCUACUCAAGUUUGAAGGAGAGGUGCUUACCAGCGAUGGCGGCAUCAUAAGAAGAAUAAAGGUCAAAGGGGAUGGUUUCGCUAACCCCAACGAUGGAGCAAUGGUUGACGUGCACCUGGAGGGAACCUGCGAUGGUAGAUUGUUCGACUGCAGGGACGUCACCUUUAUUGUUGGCGAGGCUGAAGAUAAAGGUGUUCCUCUUGGAGUGGACCGAGCUAUGGACAAUAUGCAGAAAGGAGAGUGCUCUAUACUUUACAUAAAACCAAAAUAUGCCUUCGGAAGUGAAGGUAAACCAGAGUACAAAAUUGGACCAGACAAAGACGUCAUAUACGAAGUUACCCUCAAGGACUUUAAAAGGGCUAAAGAAUUCUGGGAAAUGGACUUGAAAGAAAAGCUGGAAUUGGCAGCGGGACUGAAGCAUAAAGGGAAUCAGUAUUUUAAGGCAGGACGGCACUACCAGGCAGUCAUUCAGUACCAGCGCAUCAUUACCUGGCUUGAAAUGGAGUGUGGUAUUGGGAAAGAGCAGCAGAAGAAGAUACGGGACUUCAUUUUGACAUCACACCUCAAUUUAGCGUUGUGUUUCCUGCGGCUAAAGGAGUUCUCACAAGCAGUGGAUAGCUGCAACAAGGUGAUUGAGCUUGAUGGCAGCAAUGAGAAGGCUUUGUAUCGCCGUGGAGAAGCUCAUCUCCUUCGUAACGAAUUCAGUCUGGCCAUAGCAGACUUUCAGCAAGUGCUGCAAGUCAACCCCUCAAAUAGAGCUGCUCGUGCUCAGAUUUCCAUGUGUCAGAAUAAGAUUAAGGAACAUCAUGAGCACGACAAGAAGACCUACGCCAAUAUGUUCCAGAAAUUUGCAGAACGGGAUGCCAAGACUAGGAAGACGAAGAGGAGGCGGGAUGACAGCACGAGGAGCAGCAUGAACGGGGAAGUGGGCAUUAAACGACGGCGGAGGAGUCAGGACUGUCCAUCGUGAUGGUGACAUUUGAAAGGGAGAAAAAUAAUGACAUGCCUCUCUUUGCUUUCCAAGCCCAGGGAGCAGAGGCAGGAACAAAGUUGUACAUAAAGGCCUCUAAUCCAAACCUCUUUAUCCCCAAAUCCAGCGUUACCAUUCCUGCAUAUAAAUCAGAGUGUUAGCAGGGACAUUUGCAGGACAAACUGCAUUUCCCCUGUCACAUGGACAGUGCAACUGCCAGGACGCACGAUACAAUGGACUUAGGACUGCAGAAUCAGUGAGUUAAGACUGGUCAACUCUUCUACCCCCCCAGACUUUUAUUUUGAAAAUCUAAUUUAUUUCUUCAAAAACACAGAGCAAUUUUAUUUUAUUUGUUGUCAUUAGGUUUCUGUGUACAGCUGAGAUGUGCCUCCACAGCCUCUAAUUCCAAAGCUGAACUCUGACUUGUAUUUGGUAUUUGCUCUGUUCAUAAGGUGCUUGGGAUUAAGACUUGAAACCUUGCUAGUUUUAUUUUUAUAAUGUGCAAUAUGUACUUUGGAUAAAAAGUGUAACAAGCCCUGUUAGGUUAAUGACAUUUUAAAACAAAAUCAUGUUCAAUUCUACUUUUCUUUCCAAAAAUAAGAAAAGAAAAUUGAUCAUAACUUAGCCUUGAGUCCUAAAAAAAAUAUCAUGGUUGUAGGAAAGCCUUCAUUCAUUCAUUUAAAACUGAUAAUACAGAAAAAUAACAAUACUACAAAUCCAGAAUUUAAAAAAAUUCUCCUCCAAGCAGCUGUGGGUGAAUGUUGUACCACAGUGACUUGAAAAAUACAUGUUGCUUUUUGGAUACAGAGACAGUCGAGGCUCAGCUGACCAAAAGAUGAACCAUGACUGAGUUCAGGAGGCUUCGGGGUGUCACUGGUACCUGUUCAGCAUCGUGGUCCCUGCUGUGAGGGAGCAUAGCUGAGGCAGGGCAGGAGCCCUGCUCGUCUAACUCCCAUUAGAGUCCUUAAGUGGGAUGGUCAACACUUACCAGUCAUCAUGCCCAUGAAAAAUGUUCUUUAAUGUCUCAAUAGAAAACGAGGGUUACUGUACUAAAAUACAGACAUUUUUGAAAGAAACAAACAAAUUUUUACAGGGGAACAAUAGCAAUAGCCAAUUUUAUCUUUAUCACAAUACACUUAAUUUCAAGGGUUAUUAAUCGUGGACCAUUAUAUUGAAUUCUAAUAGUAGGCCUAUACGUUUCUCUUUAAAUUCUGUGAAAUGGCUUCAUGAACUUAUCUACUAUCAUCUGUGUACACUGACAAACCUGAUGGCCCAGUAGUUGUGGAUGUAGUGGAUCUUUUAUCUGCCUCUGUUACUUGUUCUCCAUCCUGCUCUUCUUCUUUCUCACUCUCCAGGCCUCCAUCUUUUGUCUUUCUUUUUUUUUCUUUUCUUGAAAAAAAAAAUUGUGUCCUUUCUUGGCUUCCUUUUCAUCUCUUUGUUCAUUUGCGUUGGCCGAACACAUCACAAAAAUCCUGCCUAAUGGUUAAAAUACUGCAAACACUUCAAAGUACUGUACAUGUAUGUCUAAUAAUCAUUAACUGCCUCAGACUGCUUUUCAAAACCAGUGCAUGCUCCUGUUCUCUGAACAGGUAAGAAAUCAGAAGCAUUCGUCAACUCGGUUACCAUUUUCUUGCUAGUAAAAACCAGAGAUAUGUAAUAGACAAUCCAAAAAAAGAACAAAAAGUAAUAGAAAUAUGGCUGAUUAAUGUCAUAAUGUAAGUCAUGCACCAUAUUAGCCAAAAAUUACAUUUUAUAUUACCGAAGAACAGCAAAACCCACUGUAGACUUUGGCAGGACUUCACACACACCAAGUCCAUCUCAGACAGUGCAGAGUUUUUAAUCAGAAUACUCAUUGCACAGGUGCUUCGGUUCGUGCCAUGAACUGAUCCGACUACUAUGAACUAAAACAUUGUUCUGCAUUCAUUUAAUGUUCCUACUUACAAAAACAUUAGAGUGACUUAAUAGGCCUUAAUUGCCCCUUCCUUCUAGAACCAGCAUUGCAAAUCAGUACAUCUUUUUUAAAGCCUAUAACAGAACCUAAACUGUACUGUAACAUUCUUUAAACAAAGAUGAGAAAUUAUUUUACUACGGUCAUGCACUAAGAUAAUUUAUUCAUCAGGAUGAGUCUUGCGUUUUAUCCGUUAAAUACAUAACGUAGUGCAGACAGUGAAGCCAGUCUGGUGCAGGUGAAACAGCUGAUUGACGGUGGCAGCUCCAAAAACUUACAUUACACAAAAAAUACAGAAUAUAUAUAUAUAACAUCAAAUGUUUCCACGUCUGAGCUUUGGUGGAUUUUCGUGACUGAUUACUCAAUGUUUUCUUCUUUUGUUGUACUCAUUGUAUGUUAUAUCUAUCAGCUAACUGUAUAAACAGCAUGGCACAAUCUUCAAUGCACAAAAAAAAGUUCAAUAGUUCAAAACAAUACAUGCAGCAUUACUUCUACUGACUGUCAAAAAUACUUGUAAUUAUGAUUCAAACUUCCCACAAAAGGAGGCUUUUGAUCAUAAAAAAUCAGCCCAUUCCCGCCUUUGUACUUGACAGAGCAGAAGCCCUUGUAUUUAUUCUGUGAGUGCAAGUGGGAGAAGAACACACAAACCGCAAUUAAGCUUUAAAGUCAAAACCACAUUUUUCUUUCAAGCUUUCACAAAUUUCAUGAUUUUUUCAACUGUGGUAAUGUGAUCAACUACAUACUUUUAUAUCUGUGUAGUUCUUUUUUCUUUUCUUUUUUUUUGCCUCAGUCUUGAAACAGAUGUCUCUUUCUUUCACUGCAUCUUUUUUUUUUUUUUUUUGUUAAAUGUAUGAAUGUUAGUAGAUAGUAGACAAUGAUGCACUUUGGUGACUGUCAAGCCAACACUGUUAUCUUUUCAUGAAAAGUCAGGAUGAAGUCCUGACAAAAAAUGUUUUAUAAACAUUGGUUGGUUCAGAAUGAAAACCUUAGCUGUCUUAAAUAUUUUGUGUAAAAAAAAAAAAAUCAACAGUGUGUAUGUGUGUGUGUGUGUUAAUAUAUAUUGUUGUAUGUUAGCAAGGUUUUUAAACAGCUUAUUGCUAAAUGUUUUUAAGUACUGCUGGCUCUAAUCAAUCAAUAAUUCAACAUUUUUUACAGUGGAAAUGAGCAUGAAGUACUUUUUUCUAGCGGUUAUAAAUUGUGUUUAAGAAUAUACAGAAUAUUUAUCCCCCCACUGUCAACUACGAACAGAUUUCCAGGCCUCUUGCCACCCAUAUCAUCGAUAACUGCACAUUACAUUUUGACAAUUUUGACAUAAAGAAACAGGGUUAAAUACAGCUGUGGCACAUGAGAUUGACUUUAUUAGAAACUGAAGUGUUAUGUCAUACAAAAUGUUUACAUGUAUACAAAAGAUUUUCACCCUGUAAAGAAAAUUAUGAUCAGUGUUUGGGCAUUUAUGCAAAAGAAAUAUUUUCAGACAAAGAAAAAUACAUAGGGUACCUUUGUUCAUGUCUUCUUUAUAUAUUUUAUUUUUUAUUUUUUUGCACUUUAAAAGCAUUAAAUAAAUCCAAGAGUUGCAUUUUAAA